AUGCCUGAACAAGUUGCUGAGCUGGAUGUCAAUAGGGUUGGCAAACCACCGCUUGCAGCAGCAGUCUCCAAUGCCGGAGGGCUGGGGAUCCUCACCGCCCUCACGCAGCCUACCCCGGAGGCGCUUCGCGUUGCCAUCCGCGAAACGAGAGCUGCUACAGACAAGCCGUUCGGCGUCAAUAUCACCCUACUGCCCACCAUCAAUCCUCCGGACUAUGAGGGUUAUGCCCGCGCUGCUGUAGAGGAAGGCGUUCGAAUCUUCGAGACAAGCUCCCUUCCCUCUCGUUACCAGUCCGCAGAACGUAUGGGUGUCGACGUGCUCAGUAUUGACGGCUUCGAAUGCGCCGGCUAUCCAGGAGACGAUGACAUUGGUGGCCUCGUUUUGCUAGCGAGGGCAGCUCAGGAACUGAAGAUACCAUAUACUGCCUCCGGUGGAAUUGCUAAUGGCCGUGGACUAGCUGCUGCCCUUGCGCUCGGUGCUGCUGUACGCGUUUCAUGUGCACCAUCGAGUCCAAUUCAUCAAAACAUUAAGGACACGAUCGUGAAGGCGACUGAACAAGAUACAAUACAUAUCUUUCGCACCCUCAAGAACACUGCUCGUGUUUUCAAGAAUGCGAUCGCUACGGACGUCGUCGCUAUGGAACAUAGAGAUGGCGGUGCUCAGUUUCCGGAGCUUCGCGAUUUGGUGUCUGGUACACGAGGUAAACUUGUAUACGAGAACGGGGACCCGGAAUACGGUAUAUGGAGUGCUGGUGUUGUGUUAGCCCUCACCAAGGAUAUACCAAGUUGCGAAGAACUGCUCAAGGGGAUAGAGAAGGAGGCAGAGGAUACUAUUGCAGAGAUGAGCAGAAGGGUGCGACCGAAAGCCAAGCUAUAG